GGUCUCUUGAAAAGAAAUACUUAUUAAACUUUUCUCCCUCUUUUUAUACAUUUCUGAACCAAUGAUGGCCAGUUCCUUAGUUCCUCUACCAACUCUCUCUCCAUCACCAAAGAAGAACAUCAAGCUGAUCCCUGCAACUCCAGGCAACAAAGCUAGUCUCAGAAGAGAAUUCAUGCAUGGUUUGCUUUCUGUUGGACUAGUUUCUUCUUCAACAGUUGAGAGUGCGAAUGCUGCCGCAAGGAGACCCCCACCUCCGCCACCAGAGGAGAAGAAAGAUCCUUCGAUAACGGGUUUGAGGGCAAAAAUUCUCGCGAACAAAAAGAGGAAAGAGGCGAUGAAAGAGGAAGUCGCCAAACUAAGAGAGAAGGGCAAGCCUGUGAAUUGAUAAUUAAUUGUCUUUCUGAUUUCAAAACUCCUAUAGAGAACCUUUUAUUGGAUUUAUUUGAGAUCUUCUUUCUCUAAUCUCUUUUGUUAUGUAUUUAGGCAACAUGAGUCUAUUCUACCUUCAUUUUAUUCCCACAAAGAGAAGAUUAACAAAAUAUUGUAUAUUGAUCAGUUGUCUUUCGGAUAUAUAGGGUAAAACAUGUGCAUUUUGGCGUUUCAUGAA